AUGGCCAAGAAAACACUUGCGGAUGAAAUAUCCAGCUUUUACGAACCAAAAAGUGAGUUUGAUAUAGAAGAUUUUGAUAAUGGCCCUUCAGGCAAGGAUGUUUUUCAACACAAAGAGAAUGAUUCAUCAGAAGAAGAAUUGUCCGAUGAGGAAUUGAAAAAAGACCACUAUGUGGCUUCGUCCAAAUCCAAAUUAAGGGACCAACAAGGACCAAGGUUAGGUAAAAAGUAUACUGGUGACGUGGUGAGUCGAGACGACCUAUACAAUUCAUCCCAGGGUAGCGAGGAUGACGAAGGGGAACACCAGGUUUCAAGCUCAGAUGAGCUGGAUGGCAUCGAUAAUGAUGAAGAAAUUGAAAAUGAGGAUCUGGAGGAUCUGGAGGAUCUGGAGGGUCUGGAGGAAGAAAGCCUAGAGUCGGAUUCAAACAGAAGCGAAGAGCCCGAAUCCGAUGAAGAAACCGAGAGGAAGCAAUCUUCUGAUACACCUAUGCAUCAAAAGCUGUUGGUAAGACAACUUUUGAAUAAGGAGAAAUCACAUUUGGUAAACAGAUUAUCACAGUCAGCAAUAAAUGAUACAUUGAAAGGGUAUGCUGUCAAGCAGCAGUACAAAACUUAUGAAAAAAUCGUGGAUGUCAGAAUCAAAUUUCAGAAAGCAGCCAACAGUGCUAAUCAACUACCUAUCGACGCUUCUACCUAUAAUGAAUACAAGUCUGAAGAUAGCGAUGGCUUGGUUAAGGAUGCCAAACAAGCUUUGUAUGGCUUAUUGACAAAUAUUCUUUUGUUAAGGUCUCAAUUAGGGAACACGGAUGCCGCACCACCUAAGAAGAGAUCGUUUGAAGCAAUGUCGAAUGCUAUUCAGACCGCGGACAACAAUUUGACAAGUCAACGUGCAAGUAUCUUAAACAAAUGGUCCUACAAGGUUCAAAACUCAUCGGGAAAUUCGGCCAUGAAUGCCAACAAGUUCAAGACCAUCAAUCAAUCAUUUGAGCAACAAGUCAAGAACAACUUGUCAGACAUGGAAAGGUUAAUCAAAAGGACCAAACUAAAUAGGAAACAAGUUGUGCCACUUGGAUACUCAAAGGAAGAGAAAGUUUCCGCUGCACCACAAAAUGAUGACGAGGUGGAUGAAGAAAUUGUCCCACGCAAAAAGGCACAGGGCCAACAGAAUCCAUAUAUUUUUGAUGAUGAGGACUUUUAUCGUGUUUUGUUGAAUGACUUAGUGGAUAAAAAAGUUCAAUCGUCGGAUCCAACAUCAAACAUUACAAUAAUCAGGUCAGCUCAAAAGGCAAACAAGUUGAAGAACAAUGUAGAUACCAAAGCUUCAAAGGGAAGGAAAUUGAAAUUUCACGUACAGGAGCAAAUUGCCAAUUUUGAAACUUCCAUAGGCGGAUGGAAAUGGAGCGAUGACCAAAUUGACGAGUUUUUCGCAUCCUUGUUGGGCCAAAAGGUGAAUAUGAACGAGGACGAAGCCGAAGACAAAGAGGAAUCAGAUAAUGAGAUUGAAGCAGAGUCGAAUGGAAUAAGACUCUUUGGUUAA